GGACUCUGCGCUGGGGCGGAUCUCUGGCCCCCUAACCCUCCCCAUGAACCAGAGCACCCCCCGGUUCUACUCUGCUUCUCCUUUCGGUCUGGGGAGGGGUCGCGCUCUGCUUCUUUCGUGGGCACUGGGACGUCGUAGACGCGCCAGGACUUGAGGCCGGGAGGAAGAGGACAUGCUAUUUUAAUUGCUGCGGGGCCGGGCGGGGGCGCUAUUCCCUGCCCGGGUCCCCAUCCUCCCCGGCACCUCCCCCAGCCGGUCCCGUUCCCCUCAUCCCAGUGUGGGAGCCCCGCCCCCUCCCCAGACCACCUUAGCAGAGCCUCUCUCCGGAACACCCCUCCUUGGGCCCCACCGAAAGUUUGGCUUUAGGGAAGGUAGGAGCGGUCACCGGGUAAUUGGGGUCCCUGAACCUCUGACUCGGGCCCCAGGGGAAGCCAGGGCGGAGGGGGUAGAGAGGAGAUUGGGGGAAGAUGUUUCGUGAUAUUUCCUAUCGCCAGCGGUGGCAGGACGGGUCUGACCAACCCUCUAACGCUGGGGAGCCGGGCUGUGCCCCUCUCCCCAGGCCCUGCUCCUAGCUCUGAGGGUUUGGGACCUCCCCGCGAGCAGGCACCCCUGCCCCCUCCUGCCUCCACGGGGGGCCCAGGCGCGCCUCUCCCCCUCCCCCACCACCCCCAUCUGCCCAGAAUUGCUCCGGAUGCUUGGGGUGGGAAGGAGGCGGCCUCGGGGUGUUGAAGUUGCCUGUACAUAUUAUGGAAAUGUUACCUCGCGCUCCCCCUUGGCAUUAUCUCUCCGAUUACAACCACACACACGCACACGCAUGGUGCCUCAGUUUCCCUAGGCCUCCUUGUCACGGAGGGAUGGGGGGCUUUCCUGCUUGUUUCCCACUCCGUUGUCUCUUACUCCCAUGCUUCUUUCUCUGGGCCUCUUGCACAGUUUGUAUCUGUUCUGAAACUCUUAGUUUCUCCUUCCUCCCCCUCUCCACUCUGUUCCAAGGUGUCAGCACUUGGGGAAGGAGCAUAAAGCCAGCUCUGUUGCAGCUUUUUGAUGGGGAGGUUUCCCCAGGGGUUCCCUGGUUUGGAGUUGGGGGUUGAGGUCUUAGAGCUAGCUGUCUUUGGAAUGAGACAGGAAACAACCCCCAGGUGAGACCUGGGACUCAGGAUUCAGGUCAGAGUAGCUGGCUGGGGUUCAAAAUCUUUGCAGGACUGGGCAGGAAAGGGGGCUCUCUGCUGCCCCUCGCCUUGCCUGAGAGAUCUUGUUUGAUGGAGCUGCUGCUCUGGGAAUGGAGAGAACCUGAACAGGAAGAGGUUACAUCUUUGUGCAGGUUAGAUGCCCACCCCACUCCUGCAGCCUCUGGCCCCCAGAGCGAAGGUUGGGAGCUGCACUGCCUUUGUUACCAGAAGACUUAUGUUAUAAUUUUCCCUGGGUGGACCAGGGAUGCACAAAAGGGUGACUCUCCCCAGUCCCCCUGCUCCCCACCCCGGCAUCAUGCAUCGGACCACACGGAUCAGAAUCACAGAGCUGAACCCUCACCUCAUGUGUGCCCUCUGUGGGGGGUACUUCAUCGAUGCCACUACCAUCGUGGAGUGCUUGCAUUCCUUCUGCAAAACCUGCAUUGUGCGCUACCUGGAGACCAACAAGUAUUGCCCCAUGUGUGAUGUGCAGGUCCAUAAAACCCGGCCGCUGCUGAGCAUCAGAUCAGACAAAACCCUGCAAGACAUAGUCUACAAAUUGGUCCCUGGGCUUUUUAAAGAUGAGAUGAAACGGCGGCGGGAUUUCUAUGCAGCGUACCCCCUGACAGAAGUCCCCAAUGGCUCCAAUGAGGACCGUGGAGAGGUCCUAGAGCAGGAGAAGGGGGCUCUGAGUGAUGAUGAGAUCGUGAGCCUCUCCAUCGAGUUCUAUGAAGGCGUCAGGGACCGGGAGGAAAAGAAGGGUCCUCUGGAAAAUGGGGAUGGGGACAAGGAGAAGGUGCCUCCCCUGCAGCAGACGGGGGUACGCUUCCUGCGGUGUCCAGCAGCCAUGACCGUCAUGCAUCUUGCCAAGUUUCUCCGCAACAAGAUGGAUGUACCCAGCAAGUACAAGGUGGAGGUUCUGUAUGAGGACGAGCCACUGAAGGAAUACUACACCCUCAUGGACAUCGCCUACAUCUACCCCUGGAGGCGGAACGUCCCUCUCCCCCUCAAGUAUCGUGUCCAGCCGGCCUGCAGGCGGCUCACCUUGCCCACAGCACCCACCCCCUCCGAGGGCACCAACACCAGCGGGGCGUCCGAGUGUGAGUCAGUCAGCGACAAGGCUCCCAGCCCUGCCACCCUGCCGGCCACCUCCUCCUCCCUGCCCAGCCCAGCCACCCCCUCCCAUGGCUCUCCCAGCUCCCACGGGCCCCCAGCCACCCACCCUACCUCCCCAACUCCCCCUUCGACAGCCAGUGGGGCCACCACAGCUGCCAACGGGGGCACCUCGAACUGCCUGCAGACAUCAUCCUCCACCAGCAGGGGGCGCAAGAUGACCGUCAACGGAGCUCCUGUGCCCCCCUUAAUUUGAGAAAAGGGACCCUCUCCCUUCCUUUCCAGCCAUGCCUCUCCACCCCUCCACUUUUUCUGGGCCCUUUUUCCACCUCUUCUACUUUUCCCAGUUCCUCCCACCUUAGGGGUGGGGGGUGGGUUUUAUAAAUAAAUUUAUAUAUAUAUGUACAUAGGAAAAACCAAAUAUACAUACUUAUUUUCUAUGAACCAACCAGAUUAAUUUAAAUGCCACAGGAAACAAACUUUAUGUGUGUGUGUAUGUAUGGGGGAUGGGGUGUUCAUUCUUAGGGGGUCUUGUGUGAUUUGCUCUGCUCUCUUUUUGGGGGUGCCAGGAAGAGGGUUGGAGGGGCUACUUGAAACUCAGUAAAGCUCUACCCCAUCCUAUUCUGUUUCCCAAGGCAGAUGGGGUGUUAGGGGGCCCUACCACCCAGCCCACAGAACUUUUGGCACAAGUCUAACUGGCUGUGUAUGGGGUCUACCCUCUUUCUCACCCCAUUUUGGCCUGCUGUCCUGCCCUGACCAGUUCCCCUACCCCCAUUACUGAAUGUCCAGAGAACUUGCUAAGACAGUGCCUUUUUACAAAUGCAGUUUAUCCCCUGGGUCUGAGGAGCAAGUGGGUGGUGGAGAUUGCAUCUCCCUAACCCACUCCUCUUACAGUGGAAACUUUGUGCAAAGAAUAUAGUUCUGCCUUUUUUUGUUUUGCUUUUUUUUUCCUUGUGUGUGGCCUUUGCAUCAUUUACCUUAGGGAAGAGAAGGUUCAGGCCACUGGAGGCGUCCACUGUGGCUUUAGAAUUGUGACCUGCUUCACCUGCUUCUGCCCCCUGCCCCCACCCAGGAACCUUAUUUGCAAGGCUGGUGGUAAAGUCUCAUGGGGGCUUGGAGUGGAGGUUAACCUCAAAACAAGCUCAGACCCCAGAUUUUGGCAAAGGCGAAACAUCCCUCCAGUCCCUUCCUCACCCCCAGCUGAGGCCAAGUCAGGAAAGCGGCAGAGGCAUCUAAAAGCACAAGGAGACACAAACCUGUAAACUGUGACCUUAGCUCUCUUCCGAGGUCAGCACACCGCGCCCUGAGGGGCAGACCCCAAAAGAUCCCUUCCCACCUGUUUUUUUCCUCCAAUGUACAUAGAUCAGAGUGGAGAGGAGGUGAGGAGGCAAGACUGUAUCACAGCCUGGGUGUUUGGGGUUGGGAGCCCUCCAACAGGUUUGUCGUGUUUGCACCUUGUCCUGUGUCUGAGGCGCUGUGGCUGUACCCUGCUCCUGCCCUGGGACAUUUGUAUCUCCUGGCUUUGUAAUAAAUCUGCUCACUCUC